GAGGAGUAAACAACGGCGGCAGCAGAGCUCGGAACAAAAGUAGACACCCGCGUCUAAGUCGUGUCGACUCGAUAAGAUAUCACACUUGAAGUCCAUAAGUUUUGGUGUUAGAAGUUUGUUGUUUUGAAAUGGAUAUCUCAGCGUAUCAACACAUGAAUAUCAGAAUGAGUACGCGUGGAAAGCGACCGCUGCGAAAUCUCACACCAAAUGACAAGGUUAGAGCCAUUCAACGCAUCCAUAAUGGUGAAACAAAAGCAAGUGUAUCCAGAGACCUGGGAGUUCCUGAGUCCACCUUGCGUGGUUGGUGUAAGAACGAACAAAAAUUAAGAUUUAUGUGCCGCCAAUUGGGUCCAGAUCACUUGGGAAUUGACACACCACCCGAAAAACGUGCCAAAUACGAGAUGCAGCUGCUGCCACCGAAACUCGCCACACUUCCCAAUUACGACGAUCUGGGAUUGAGUAACUUUCUAUUUUCGGCCACUGAGUUCCCAACCCAAAACGAAUCCAUAUUAGAAAAAUUAAGUUUGGUGGAAUUUGUGAAAAAAAAUGGACUGCAUCCGAACGCAAUUCGAGAAUUGGGAGACGCACCCCCACCGAAUUCCCUAUCUGGUGUGGAUUAUUCAACAAACAGCAUGAUACAUCAGCUAACCUUUUUGGCGCAGCUAAACUCAAAACUAUCGUACCAGAUGGGCGAUCCAAUGGCCACAGAUAUUCAAAGCUCGCCAAGCACAAGCAGUGUCGAUACACCAAGAGAAGAAAUUACAACCAAAACCAACUGCCCCUUACUGAGCGUUAAAAAUUGGGCAAAAGAUCCAGCAAAACGUGCGCAUUUCAGUCAAGCAACACAACUCCAGCUGAAUAAUGAUAAGAACAACAACGCGGUUGACCCAUCCUAUUCAGCAGGAUUGACCACUACGCAAUAUCCUCUAGUAAUGGAGCCAGUGAAGUCAGCUUAUCCCGAAACGACGGUUUCCGCGAUACCGCCAACAUUUUCCACUCAUUCGGAUUUAGCUCCUGCGACACCCACUCCCACAACUGAUAGUGAUUGUCAGGGGGCUGCCUUGCUGGAUUGGUGCAAACUAUUUAAUGCCAGUCUUAACUUUUUGGCUUUUGCUGCGGCCGCCGCCUCAAUGCAGCCCUCUGACGGAACUGUCCCGAAGCAUAUAACGACACAGCAUCCAACCACCACUGAUGCUGACGAAACAUAUCCUUUCAACAAUGCUCUUGCAAAACGGCUUAGUCCGUUGGCACAUAGUGACGCCUCGAAUGAAAGUUACUUCGACAGCGAGCCAGAAGAUCUGUCUGUGCGCUCGUGUGCCUCCAGCCGUAACAACAGUAGAUCUCAAACUCCCGAUAAAAGCAUCGCGACAGGCAGAUUACAAAGCGACGAGGAGCAGUAAAAAUGUGCAGUCUCUAAUUUAAAAUAAGUAUUUCUUUGUAUGUACAUAAUAUAAUAUUUAUCAGUUAAU